UUUAUCUGGAUGUGAACACAAUGUUCAAAUUUCCAAACCAUAUCUUGUUGCAAUAAUGAGCAACAAGGGCCAAUCAAAUGAAUCAAUCAUUCGUCAACAAAUUAUCUAGAUAGUUGGACUAGACUUGGUCAGCAUUCUAUUACUAAUACUAACUGACCAAAUAACAUUCUUUGCUUAAAAAGUUGCUCUCUCAGUCAAACUUUGACUUAUUGCCAAUUGGCCAUUGGGGCUACCCUUUAAAUACAAAGGGCCUUCAUUUCCACCCCUCACUAGUCACUUACUCCCUCCAUUUCACUUCUCAGUCCAAACAAAGCAAUCACCAAAUGGAGUGUGAAGGGAGUUGGGAGAAGAGCGAAUUGAAAAGUGAGCUUGUUCAAGGGAUGGAGGUAGCAAGAAAGCUUAAGGCAGAGUUAGAGUUAGAAUCUAGUGCUGACAAUAGGGACUUGCUGGUGGACAAAAUAUUAUCUUCUUAUGACAAAGCUCUAUUGAUCCUAAGAUGGAGUGGAUCAGUUUCCAAGCCCCACACAUUGCAUCAAUCAACUAAAACCUCCCCACCACACUCCCCUCUACCCCACAAUCAUCAACAGGAACUUAAACACUCUUCACAGAAAAGAAAAAUGAUUUCUAAAUGGGUGAAUCAGGUUAAGGUGAAUUCUGAGAAUGGCUUUGAAGGAUCCCAUGAAGAUGGGUACAGCUGGAGAAAAUAUGGACAGAAAGACAUCCUUGGUUCCAAAUAUCCAAGAAGUUACUAUAGGUGCACCUUCCGCAACACUAAGGAUUGCUGGGCAACCAAGCAAGUGCAGAGAUCAGAGGAUAAUCCCAAUAUAUUUGAAAUAACUUAUAAAGGAAGCCAUACCUGUUCCAAGGGGAAGAAGAAUGCUGCUAUGUCAGCAAAGUCACCAGACAUACAAGAACCACAAGAACACCAUACAAACUUCCAAAACAUGUUGUCAGUCACUGCGGCUAAGCCGGGAAACGAAGAAAUGGCAUGUUCUUUCACUUCCCCAUCGACCUCCUCUGGAUGCAGGACACAAGAAAACCAGAACUUGCUUCCUUCAAUUCUAGAGAAUAAUCCCUUCUUGGGCAGUCUUUCACAAACACAUUUGUUAUUACCAAACACACCAGAAUCAAACUAUUUUCCAUCUCCUUUCUGCGCAAAUGAGCUUGAUGGGAUCUACAGCAAUCGAUGCUCGGAAUUCGAUGUUUCUGAGAUCAUUUCCGCCCAUACAUCAGCCACCAAUCCUCCAAUUUUCGAUUUUGAUUUCUCGCUUGAUCCACUGGAACUUGGCCAAAAUUUCCGUUUCAAUGCCUCCAGAUUUUCUCACUAAUAGAUCUAAAGAUUAAAAAUCACAUACUAUGUUUAGAAAUUUAAGAUGAGGAUUUUUUUAAGAAAGCAUUGGUUAUCUGUUAACCAUAGCAUGUAUUAUUAAUCAGGAGGGCUUCAGACAGUAGAACAAUGAACCAGCAAUAAUAGCAAUACUAAUUGUUGAAAAGUCAGUAAGGUUUGUACAAU